GAGCAAAACCGCAGUGGCGCGGCACCGUCGAGCUGGCUGUGGUACGCCGAGAUGAGUGCGAUUCUGUCUCACCGCCCGAUGACAGAAGCUCAGGCAUACGGCAUUGACAGCCAGGUGGACACCGAAGUUGACGACAGUCGGACAGAUUUAAGCGAGGACGAGGAGCUACAGGCGAAUGAAAGUACCCCGGGAUCCUCAAGCGGAAGCAACACUCCUGUGCCACGGGCAAAGAGGCCACGACGGACGAGGAAUGCGGAGCUCGCUGAGAUCUUAGCAGAACAGCAAAACAGAACUGCAGAGACGCUAAAGAAACAUACAGAGUUGAUAUUUGAACAGCAGAGGCAGCUUUUAGAAGAUGAGCAAUAAAAGUUCGGCGAAAUAAUCAGCACUAUAAGCACAUCGUUUUUGCAGGGCACACAAGCAAUGCUGGCGCAGCUGCUGAGCCAACCAGUGCAAGCUUACCCUCAGCCUCUGCAGAUAUACAGCCAGGCUCUACAGCCAGACAGCCAGCAGAGCAGGCUGUUUCAGUUUACGCAGCCAAUAUUCACCACUGCAGAACCUGUUACCCAGAGUACAGUGCCACCAAAUAGAGUGACAGGCACUUCAAGCAACAUCAAGGAAUGACAAGACUUAAUUGGGCAAAAUAAAGUCAUUUUAUUUCACUGAAUAUGACAA